AUGUCUGAAAAAGCCAGUGACGAGGAGUACGACGAGUCUCAGGAUGAGGACUUUGACCCUUCAGCACAAAAAGAGGCUCUGAGUAACAGCGACGAGGAGGGUGCCGAAGCUCCAGACGAGGAGCUCAGCACGGAGAUCGGGAAGGCGCGAUAUGCUAAUAUCGAGAGCAGUGAGGGUGGUUUGAUAAGAACGCGGAACCAGCGACUCAAUGAGGUGAAGGAUGCCAAGUCGUUCAACUUGGUUGCCAAAACUACAAACGAAGAUAUCGAUUCGAUGUGGGAGGAGAUGAAGGCGGCAUCAGCACCCAAGACCACACAGGAGAGAAAAGAAGAGGCAGAAAAGGUCGUCAAAGCCCCUCAGACCGUUUCUGACCACGAAAAGAUCAAGAUUAGAACCACAUACGAGUUUGCAGGCGAAACUGUGACUGAAGAGAAGUGGGUGGAAGCAACCUCAGAAGAGGCCAAGGCGUACCUAAACUCGGUAAAACUAAAGACCGAGGAACAGAAAGUACCCCAGAAGCCUUUGCCUCGUAGAGGACCUGUCAAGCGCAAAAGACCUGGUCUUCUAGAUGCCGUUAUCAACAACUCCAGCACCUCAAAGCUGUCUACUUUGGAGAAGUCCAGACUUGAUUGGGCCGGAUAUGUUGACAAACAGGGAAUCAAGGAUGAGCUCAAGACAUUCAACAAGGGUGGUUUUCUGCAGAAGCAAGAUUUUCUUGCGAGGGUGGAGGCCAACAAGGACCAGAAGUACAAGGACGCGAAAGAAGCUCAGAAGAAGAAGUAG